AUGGAAUGCCUCAUCAAGUUUGCACAGACGCACGAAACCUUUCGCCUGGCCGAGAUUCAAGCCAUUGCGGUACUUGAAGACGUGGCCCUGGAGAUCGUCGAGUACACAAACGAGUCGCCGUACUGUCUUGUCCGAGUGGCCUCUGAGGACCAGGCCCGGAGACUGAUCCGCCGAUCGGUGCUCGCCCAUUCCAUUCAUGAACUAUGGGCCACGGGGCCGACCCUGGCUCGCCUGCACGAGUCGCUCAGGGGGCGCACACGGGACGUCUGGGGCAAAUACACAGACGCCUCGUUCAAGUUCGCCCUGGACUCGUACCAGGGGACGCGCUCCAACGACGAGCGGCUGGCCAUCAUCAACUCAUUCGCCUACCUGCCGUUCCAAGGGCCCAUUCGCAUGUCUGGGCCGGACGAGACAUUCACCGUGUUCGAGCUGUGGCCGCUCGACAGCGUUCCGCUCGGGAUACCGGACCCGGACAUGAUGCACUUUGGCCGCCUCAUCGACACCUCAUCCCGGGACAGGAUCCUACGGUUCGAUCUCAAGAAGCGCGGCUACAUAUCCACCACCAGCAUGGACUCGGAACUCUCGCUUGUCACCGCAAACAUUGCUCUGGCGGGGCCCGGGAAGCUGUUCUACGAUCCCUUUGUCGGGACAGGCUCGUUCCCGAUCGCAUGCGCUUGCUUCGGCGCAACCAGCUGGGGCAGUGACAUUGACGGACGAGCCAUACGGGGCGAGGGUGGCAGCAAGAGCCUGCUGGGGAACUUUGAGCAAUAUGGCCUCGGGAUGGGCUUGGGCGAUGUCUUCUGCGCUGACAUGGUCAACACCCCCAUCAAGAGGGACAGAAGAAUAUGGGAUGGCAUAGUGUGUGAUCCCCCAUACGGCGUCCGGGAAGGUCUCAAGGUUCUGGGCGUGAGGGAUCCUGAAAAAACACCGUGGCUGGUUGAGCAGGGCAAAAAAAGAGCUUUGACGCCCGAUUUUGUACCCCCCAAGAAACCCUAUAGCUUCCUGGCGAUGCUGGACGACAUCCUCUCGCUUGCGGCAGAUACCCUCGUCGACGACGGCAGGCUAUCAUUCUGGAUGCCCACUGCAAACGACGAGGAUCAACAGAUGCCUAUACCGGCGCACCCUUCACUGGCAUUGGUCUGCGUGUGUGUCCAGAAUUUCAAUAAAUGGUCACGACGGCUCAUCACGUAUCGCCGCGUUCCAGACGCCAUGGUAUCACCGGUCGCAACAGCAGCAUACAAGGCUCGGAAGGAUGUAAGUCCUGUUGGAACUACAGCUGAUGAGCUAAACCCAUUCCGACGCGGAUACUUCAGAAAGUUCGGCACAGAUGGGCAGUAA